AUGGCACCCCAACAGCAAAACCCCCAGGGUCCCCUCAACAUGAGCCCGCCCCGCCCAGAAAUUUCAAUCCUCAUCUCCGGCGCCGGCAUAGGCGGCCUUAUGACAGCUCUAGAACUCCACCGCUACGGUUUCCAGCACAUCCGGAUCUUAGAACGCAAUCCCCACAACUCCCACCUCGGCGACUCCUUCACCAUCGGUCCCACAGCUGUUCAGGCUUUCAGGAAUUGGCCUUGGAUGCAGCAGAGGAGUGCAGAGAUUGGGUAUGAGCCUUUGGCUGCGAUGCAUACGUGUACUGGUGAGCGGUUGAAAGGGCCGAUGGAAUUUGGGGAGUUGAUGGGUGGGAAAGGUGGGAAAGGUGGAGAGUUGGGCGGGAAGCAGACUGAUCUGGUGCCGAAAGUGUAUAGGCACACGCGGCCAAAGUUUCACGGUAUGCUCCUUGAGCAGCUGGAGAGUGUAGGCAUUGCAGUCGAGUACGGGAAGGCGGUUGCUUCUUACUUUGAAGAUGCUAACGGAGGGAAAGGUGGGGUGGUGCUGCAGGAUGGGGAGAAGAUUACUGCUGAUCUGGUCGUGGCGGCUGAUGGCAUUAAUACAAAUUCGCAGGAGCUGAUCACGGGUCAUCCUGUUCCGGCGAGACCUAGUGGGAGUGCGAUUUGGAGGGUUGCUUUCCCUGUGGAGAUUGCGAUGGAGGAUCCGGCUGUGGCCGAGAGGUUUCGGUUGAUGGAGGAUGGGAGGAGUGUGAUUGAGUUGUGGUUUGGACCUGGAAUGCACGGCGUUUUCUGGCGAAGUGAAGAUCAGAUGAGUUGGGCUAUCACACAUCCUGACGAGGGUACAGCCGCCGAGUCGUGGCUGCAUCGAUCGUCACCAGAAGAGGUGCUGAAGUUCACGGCGAAGAUACCCGGAUGGCCUGAAGUAGCCGAUCGAGUCAUCAAGCUCACGCCACCUGAUCAGCUCGUGCAUUGGCAGCUCAAAUGGCGAGACCCACAACCAAAGUCAACAUCACCAGCCGGUCGAGUAGUACAGCUCGGUGAUGCCGCACACACCUUCCUACCCACCUCAGGCAGCGGUGGCACGCAAGCAAUGGAAGAUGCCGUCUCUCUCGCCACCUGUCUCUCCCUCGCAAAGGAUCCCGCCAAGAUCCCAGAAGCUAUUUGUGUCCAUGAACUCCUCCGCUUCCAGCGCGUCUCAUGCCUUCAAGCUUUCGGAGUGAAGAACGCCAAAGACUUCCGCAGCGCGGGUGAAAAGCCUAGCACGGCGAAAUCUAUCCCGGGCACAACUGAAACCGCGACACAAGCACAAGGACCGCCAGCACCAGCAUCAACAGAGACACCGAAGCCUGCAGCCAAAGGUCCGCCACUGGUUCAUGUGGCGAAGUGGAUGCUCGAGCACGAUCCUGAGCAGUAUGCUAUCGACAACUACGGCAAAGCGUUGAGUCAUUUAACGCACGAUACUGAGUUUGAGAACACUAAUAAGCCGAUGAAUAUGCAGUACAGACCUUGGACGAUUGAUGGACUGUUGGAGGCACAGAGGAAGGGCGAGCCGACUGUGCUUGAUGGGGAUUGGAGUUGA